UAGCGUGAAAUGCACUUAGUGAAUGUGAAAACUGUAAAAAGAAAAAAGAAAAAAAAUGAAGGGUGAAAACUGUAGCUCCGGAGAGGCCGCGGUCCACUCGUUUCCCGACCCAAACCCUCGCCUCCGCCGCACCAUGCCGCCGGCGGCGGCGCUGAUGAGCGACCUCGUAGAGGAUCUGUUCCUCCGCCUUUCGCCGGAGCUCGUCGAGGAGGUGUUUUUCCGCCUCCCGCCGGACGAGCCCGCCUGUCUCGUCCGUGCCUCCGCCGUCUGCAAGCCCUGGCGCCGCAUCCUCGCCGAUUCGGGCUUUCUCCGCCGCUACCGCAAGUUCCACGGAACGCCUCCCGUCCUGGGGCUCUUCCAACGGGGCGACUGGCUCUUCCAAAAGGGAUCCCGCUUCGUUCCCACCUCCGCCCUCUUCCCUGCCCAGCCUGACCAUCCCGAUUGCUUUGCCAUGGACUGCCGCCACGGCCGCGCCCUCUUCGCCCGCAUCUGGGACACCUCCGUCCUCAUGGUCUUGGACCCUGUGACGGGCCACCAGCGCCUCGUGACCUCCCCCUAUACUCACCCGGUCAGCUUCAGUGCGGCGGUGUUCUGCGCCGGCGCCGCACAAGGCUGCGACCACCAUGGUUGCCAAGCAGGGCACUUCCGUCUGGCCGUCGUGACCACCAAUGAUGUCCAAGAGGUCACAUCGGGCUGGCUCUACUCGUCGGAGACUCGCGUGUGGAGCCAGCUCACCUCUCUUCAUCACCCCAAUGUCAGAUUUAUCAAUUCAGCUGCGCCUAGCGUCCUUGUGGGUGAUGCACUCUACUUCAACUUGGGCGGCAUCAUCGAGUGCCAACUUGGUACAGUCUGCUUGUCAAUGUUGGAGAAGCCAAUCGAUGGCAAUGGGACUCUCAUGGCGACGCAAGACGGUCUGCUGGGAUUCGCUGCCGUGGUGGAUGCCGCAAAUCUAACCCUUUGGUCGAGGGAGGCCGGACCCAAGGGAGCCAUGGGAUGGGCAAAACUCAGGAUAAUUGAUCUUGAGGCGCUGCUCCCUGUUGGUGCCAUGUCCCUAACAUUGGAAUUCAGGAGGCGGGUACAUGCAUUGGUGACCAGUGGCAUCGCGGAGGGCACCCAAAUCAUUUUUGUGAUAACUCGUGAUGGUUCUUAUAUGGUUGAUCUCGAGUCAGGGCGAGUCAGGCCCGUGUCUUGUCUUUGCAGAAAAAUCUUUCCCUACAUGAGCUUCUACAUCCCAGCAAUGGAAGCAGCUUGUGCUGGCCAGGAGCAGUGAGCUGGUGUUUCCAGUGUUUGUCAAGCUCAAGUUAAUAGAGCAAGCUCUUGUGGAUCAAUGGGGAGGUGGUAGUGGUAGUAGUGAUGUUAGAUAUGGCACAAGUGCAGCUCUGGACCUGUAACUUUGUUAGGCUGGGUUAAGGACCAAUACUGCUGUUGUUAGUACUAUGUGGUGUAUGGAAAUUUGUUUAGGAAUUUGUGCAGGAACUUUGUUGAACAAGUUGCUGCUCCUUUGCUUGCAAUAACUUUCAGUCGUUAAUAA